UCAUAUUACAUUGAGGUUAGAAUAGACCCAUUCCCUGUACUCAAUGUGACGUCACAGAACAGAGUAGAUUUAGGACCUACACUUGUCAGUCCCCUCACUAUUUCAACUUGAACUGAACAUAAAGGGGACCAGUUGUUUUCUUUUCAAGACAGCUUUGUCCCUUCUUGUUAAGUUUUUUUAACGGCACAACGAUGAACAAGAAAAUAGCAUGCAAGGAAGCUCUGCUUCAAGUUUAAACUGGUCUGUAAACAGCUGUGAUUUACACUGAGAGAAAACAGACAGCUUAGUCUUCUCAGCAGAAUAUAGAUUUCCACUGACUAAGCAUUGAGUAUGAGUGCAGCCGCUAAGAUUUCCAAAUCAUCACUGGUGAACUCUCUGGCCAAAAAGUAUGAUGUUCCGAAAGCUCUACAAAACCAGGGGCCUGCCAAUGCACAAAAAGCAUUACAGAUUCCCAUAGCCACAAAGUCACCAACAAGUCAAAACAUCAUGGACACAAAACUGGACUUCCUGCACAGAAAAAUCGACACGCUUCUUGUGGAAAACAAUAAUGUUUCUGGGAAGAUUGAGGAUAUUUCGCGGGAUAUUGUGGACAUUGCGAAAGAACUUCAAGAGCUCAAAACAGAGGGUGUUAAAAAUGACAAUAGCAGCAAUCAUACGGAAGUUAAAGAUGUUUUCUUAGACAUGAGAUAUCAUUUCAUGGAUAUGACAAGCUACCUCUCGCUAAUUAGUAAAUAUUCAGAGCAACAAUCAAAAAGGUUGGAAGGAGUGGAAUGCAUAUUGCUUGGUAUGCAAAGUGUGUUUCAUUUUGUAAUGAAGCAAACCAAGUUUUCUGCAUUGUUUGAGUUUCUUCAGCAGAAACAAAGUUCUACAAAGCCAGCUCGGAAUAAUAAAAAAAUGACCAAAGCUGAAGAAAAAGCCCAUCUAAAAACGAAUGAGAAAAAGAAAAAAUGUAUACGGGUGCAGGAGACCAAAAGAAAAAAGCUAGCUUGUCUGAUCAAAAAAAAGAUUGUCAAGGAUGAAAUCACAACUGAAAAAAAGAAAAACCUCUCCUUAAGUGUAAAGGGAACACAGUCUUUGAAGAAAAAGAAGCCACCAGAUGCAGAGCGAUGUGUCCAAAGAACCCAGUCCAGCAAAUAUAAAGAAAAGGUCCAAAAACUCAAUAGAGAAAAUGCAGAAAAGGCAACUGUUAUAUUUGUUGAGAACAAAUCUUCAGAAAUAAAGUAUGAAGAGAACAGUCAGGCACAAAGCUUUAUAUCUAUAGACAUACCAGUUUCACAUACUAAAAUUCAUGUACAAGAUGGAAUUCCCAUCAUUUGCUCUGUUGAAGAGAAGGAACCCAUUUCUACAAAUGAAGAACAUGUCAAGGCGCUAACAGAAGUUGAGGAGGAAGAAGAACUGGUCAAUGUCCAAGAAGACCAAGCUGAAGAAAAAAUAGUUGUGUUAGUGACUGAAAAUGAAUUAGAAAUUCUGUGUGAGGACAAACAUGGAGAGAAUGAAGAAAAUGAGGAAGCUAUUACCAAGGAAGAUAAUGAUGAUAAUGAUAAUGACAGCAGCCAUACAAUUGCAGUUUGUGAUCAAAUUCAAGAAGUACUGGAAACCACAAAGUUUGUAGCUUCAGAAGAUUCUGAGCAAAUACUUAGGGUCACGGACACUUCUAAACCUCUCUCACCAUGCCCUGCUUAUGAUACAGAACAGGAGACAGCCUCUGUUACAAAAAGUGAGAAGAAUGAAGAGGAUGCAGAGGCGCUAUCCAUAAAAGAGGACGAUGAUGAAGAAGGAGAAGAAGAAGAAGAAGAAACUUUGGAGGAAUUUUCUCAGAAUGGUGACAUCAACCAUGAACUAAGCUGUAACAGUAAGAGGAGGGUAACUGAUGAAGUGGACACUAAAGAAGACAACAAAAAAAGCAAAUUAGACACAGUGGAUUUUACCAGUAUCCAACACACUGAAGAAAAAACACAAAACCUGAUCAUUAAUGAGAAGACACAGACAAGCCAAAGUGCUGGAGUUAAAAAACGAACCAAAUUAAAGAAAAAAGACCUGUCCUUGUUUCUUGAUGUUACACCUCCUCCUCCAGCCCCUUUCGACCACAGAAUUGUCUCUGCCAAACAUACUCAAAUUAAUAGUUUUUAUACUGUGGAAACAGCACAUUUACUUGGAGGUGGAAGGUUUGGACAAGUACACAGAUGCACAGAAAAGUCAUCGGGACUUACUUUGGCGGCUAAAAUCAUUAAGGUUAGAGGACAUAAAGAAAAGGAGGAAGUGAAAAAUGAGAUUCUAGUCAUGAACCAGCUGAAUCACGCUAAUCUCAUUCAGUUAUAUGAUGCCUUUGAGUCCCGAAAUGACUUAGUCCUUGUUAUGGAAUAUGUGGAUGGUGGUGAACUGUUUGACAGGAUUAUUGAUGAAAAUUGCAAUCUUUCUGAAGUGGAUACAAUAUUAUUUAUCAAGCAAAUUUGUGAAGGAAUUCAGUACAUGCAUCAAAUGUACAUUAUACAUUUAGACCUUAAGCCAGAGAAUAUUAUGUGUGUGAGCCGAGCAGAUUAUCAGAUCAAAAUUAUUGAUUUUGGCCUGGCUAGAAGGUACAAGCCAAGGGAAAAAUUGAAAGUGCACUUUGGUACUCCAGAGUUCCUUGCCCCUGAAGUUGUGAACUAUGAUUUUGUCUCCUUUCCCACAGACAUGUGGAGUGUGGGAGUCAUUGCCUACAUGCUGUUGAGUGGGCUUUCACCAUUUCUAGGGGAAGAUGACAAUGAAACUCUGAACAACAUUUUAGCUGCACAAUUUGAUUUUGAGGGUGAAGAAUUUCAAAAGAUUUCAGACAUUGCAAAAGAUUUCAUCAUUAAGUUACUCAUCAAGGAUAAAUGUUGGAGAAUGAGCGCAACUGAAACGUUAAAGCAUCCAUGGUUAUCAGAUUCCAAAUUGCACUUUACCAUUAGCCAGAAUUCAACCAUGUUGAGAAAAACGCAAAGCUGCCCUGUGUCUGAGACACCUGUAGAGCAGUGACAUAUUCCAGGCUGUAAUAAGCAGAAACACUGCUGUGUGGCUUCUACUGUGAGACAUUGGAGCAAUUCUGGUGCUGUGACCUUCCAUGACAUGACUGGGGCAUUUACUAGCUGGAUGAGUGCCAUUUCACCUCUGGCGCGGGUCUUGGCAUUGCUGGCCUAGCUUCAAUUAUUUGUUUCAUGUGUUAUGUUAAACUGAUGUCAUGAGUUCCCGAGACUCACUAACUACUUACUAGGGUCUGCCAUGCCGAAGUGUUCUUACCUGUAGAAGGAAAGCAGGAAUAUGUUCAUAGUGCCAGUUUAAAUACAUUGGUUUAGGUUUGUUAUAUAGUUCUGUAAAAUCUUACAACAUUCACACUUGUACUACAUGCCCAGUCUUGGCUCUCUUCUAUGAAACACACUACUUACACAUUUGUGCUUCAUAAAUGUGUUUGACAUUAGAUAUCAUGCUGUUACACCCUCUCAGCCUGGACAUGUAUCAGUAUUUCCAUGUCUGGGUGGUCUUUUGUCAAUAAUACAAGUAGUUUGAGAUCUGCCUAAUAAAAGGGAUGAAUCAUAGCCAUAUGCAGUAAGUCACGUGUAGUGUAGAUUCCUUAGUAGUCAUUGUGCUCGAGAAGCCUAUUUUCUCUGGGCUUGAUGAUACCUUUGACUGGACCAACAUAAUCUUUAAGAUGUAAAAGCUUUGGCUUUGUUAGGUUUCAGACCUUCCUACUGAAAUUUUGCUAAAUAAAAAAGUAUAACAGAU